CUCCCUUGUAGCUGGCAGUAGAGGUCCGUGUUUUGUUGGCAUAAUGUCGAAAUUGAUCAAGUUUGAGGUUGUGUUCAGCCAAACACAGGCUAUAUACUACCCAGGCCAGACUAUACAGGGACAUCUCACUGUGGAACUAAACGACACAAUGAAAAUGAGAGGAAUCCGCCUCCGGUUUCAAGGCAAGGCAGAGGUGGAAUGGACAGAGGGUUCGGGCGAUAAUGAGGAGGAGUAUUCAGAGAAGGAGCAAUACUUUAAAGAUGAUAUCUUACUUGAUGGGAGAGGCAGUGAUGCGUCGGGGGCCAAGCUCCAUCUCACCGCAGGCCGACACACCUAUCCCUUCACGUACCCACUCCCACAGGAUAUUCCUUCUUCAUUUGAGGGAAAAUAUGGUUAUGUGCGAUAUUUUGCAAAAGGCAUCAUUGAUAAACCCUGGAAGUUUGACCACGAAACCAUGAAAUGUUUCACAGUAAUCUGUCCGCUGGAUCUAAAUCAAGAAACUCGUGCUACGAUGCCUGAAAAAGAUAGCAAAUCGAAGACCAUCUGCUGUCUGUGCUGUCAAUCUGGACCAAUCACUGCCACCUUCACCAUCGACCGACAGGGGUAUGUCCCAGGAGAAGUCAUUAUUCUGAAAGCUGAAAUAGAGAAUAUGUCAGAUGGCCCAAUAGAUUCUUCAUCAGUGACUCUCACUAUGGAGACAACUUUUCUAGCAGAAGGGGAGUCAAAAACUACUUUUGAAAAGGUGGCCAAGCUGCAACAUGAGCCAAUCCUAAUGGGAGACCAUGACUACUGGAAUGGAGACCAGCUAGCUAUUCCACCUCUUCCGCCAACUUAUCUUAAAAGUUGCACGAUCAUUGAUAUACAAUACACUCUCACGCUUAAAGUUAGUCCACCAGGGCUCAGCAUUGAUCUCGACAUCGAUCUUCCAGUCAUAAUUGGCACCAUCCCCCUGCAAAGUGUCCCCGAUAGGCAUCCUCCCAUCACGCAUCCGGGUCCAGCAGUUUACACCGAGACCACAUUUUCAUACCCAACACCACCAGCCUAUCCCCCAGGAGAAUCGCUACCCCCGGGAAGAGAUAAAUUUGCCCAAGGGGCAGGAUAUGCCCCACCACCAUAUCCUCCAGAGAGUCCAACAGCUUCGCCUAACUUGCCUCCUCCUUCAUAUGAAGAGUGUGUGUUUGGCAGGGUCAACAUCACUGAGAAAGAAGAUAGUGAACAUUUGCACGGAGACAAAUACUUCGCUCCCGUCUACACGUACUACGACUGGGGCCACAAGGCGACUGCUCCUCCUGAGUAGUCAACAUGGCAGACAUCUGUUGUUGAAGGCAUACACUGGUUACACCAUCUGUCUACACAUACUUCGACUGGGGCCACAAACUGUCUGCUUCAUCUAUAGAGUCAAUACUGCAGACAUCUGUUGUUGAAGGCAUUCACUGGUUACAACAUCUGUCUACACGUACUACGACUGGGGCCACAAACUGUCUGCUUCAUCUAUGGAGUCAAUACUGCAGACAUCUGUUGUUGAAGGCAUUCACUGGUUACAACAUCUGUCUACACGUACUACGACUGGGGCCACAAACCGUCUGAUUCAUCUAUGGAGUCAGUACUGCAGACAUCUGUUGUUGAAGGCAUACACUGGUUACACCAUCUGUCUACACGUACUACGACUGGGGCCACAAACUGUCUGAUUCAUCUAUGGCGUCAAUACUGCAGACAUCUGUUGUUGAAGGCAUACACUGGUUACGCCAUCUGCCCACACGUACUACGACUUGGGCCACAAACCGUCUGCUUCAUCUAUGGAGUCAAUACUGCAGACAUCUGUUGUAGAAGGCACACACUGGUUACGCCAUCUGUCUACACGUACUACGACUUGGGCCACAAACUGUCUGCUUCAUCUAUGGAGUCAAUACUGCAGACAUCUGUUGUAGAAGGCAUUCACUGGUUACGCCAUCUGUCUACUCGUACUACGGCUGGGGCCACAAACUGUCUGCUUCAUCUAUGGAGUCAAUACUGCAGACAUCUGUUGUAGAAGGCAUUCACUGGUUACGCCAUCUGUCUACACGUACUACGACUGUGGCCACAAACUGUCUGCUUCAACUAUGUAGUCAGUACUGCAGACAUCUGUUGUUGAAGGCAUACACUGGUUACACCAUCUGUCUACACGUACUUCGACUUGGGCCACAAACCGUCUACUUCAUCUAUGGAGUCAGAACUGCAGACAUCUGUUGUUGAAGGCAUACACUGGUUACAACAUCUGUCUACUCGUACUACGACUGGGGCCACAAACUGUCUGCUUCAUCCAUUUAGUCAACAUGCUGGAUAUCUGAUUGAUAAGAUGUACACCAUGGUACGAUGGUUCAUGGACGUCGUUGAGUCGUUGAGUCGACAGUGAUGGUGGUGAGAAGAAGGGUCUCCAUAUUAAGACAACUGUGGAAUUCGUACAGCUUAUUGACGUUCGCUAGGUGAUAGAUAUCCCUAUCUCGAAUGUGACGCAGCUAUUGGAUGUAAAGAUGAACCUGUUGACUAUCUUUUAGAAUGGGUAAAUAAAGCGACAAAACCCUUUCCAUAUCCAAUAGAGUCGAUUGUACGAUUCCGACUAUAUCAUGGGCAUGUUAUUAUGAAUCAAUAUCAAAUAGUGAUGACACCAGGU